AUGCUGGUGAACAUCCAGACUCACAGCAGAGUCAUCUCCUACAUGGGCUGCCUGACACAGAUGUCUCUUUUUGCCAUUUUUGUCUGUAUGGAUGACAUGCUUCUAACUGUGAUGGCCUAUGACCAGUUUGUGGCCAUCUGUCACCCCCUGCAGUAUUCAGUUAUUUUGAGCCCUUGCCCCUGUGGCUUCUUAGCUUUGGUGUCUUUCUUGCUGAGUCUUUUGGACUCCCAGAUGCACAGUUUGAUGAUUUUAAAAAUUACCAGCUUCAAUGAUGUGGAAAUUUCUAGUUUCUUCUGUGACCAUUCUCAACUUCUGAAUCUUUCCUACUUGAACACCUUCUCUGAUAACAUUAUGAAGUAUUUAUUUGCUGCCAUAUAUAUCCUUUUUCCCAUCUUAGGGAUCCUUUUCUUUUACUACAAAAUUAUUUCCUCCAUUCUGAGGAUCCCAUCCUCAGGUGGGAAGUACAAAGCCUUCUCCACCUGUGGCUCUCACCUGGCAGUUGUUUGUUUAUUUUUUGGAACAGCCUCAGGGGUGUACCUUGGAUCAGCUGUGUCACAUUCUCCCAGAAAUGGUGCAGUGGCCUCAAUGAUGUACACUGUGGUCACUCCCAUGCUGAAUCCAUUCAUCUACAGCCUGAGGAACAGGGACAUUAAAAGGGCCCUGAGGAGGCUGCAAGCAAGACAGUCUAAUCUCACCCCUUGUGGUGUCUAG